AUGCUCUAUACCACUUUUACCAAUGAUUUGCGCGUGCACUUCUUACAAAGCAGCAGUAUACACAGAAUAGAGCACGCCUUGAAAAGAAUGGCACAAACUGGUAACGUUGGCGAUGGUAGUGCGCUGUUCGAGUCAUUACGUUUACUAUUGCCAACAAAUUGUAGAUCAGAGUAUACCUUGAUCAAUGGUUACGCCAAGGGCUCGAAAGGGCGGAUAAGAAAGGAAUUAGCGCCCAGAUGCCCCAUUACCCUCCAUGACGCUAAGGAAACAUCUUAUCGAGCAGAAACGAUAGAUGAUACGGACAUUACAUACUCCAAUAGACCUCGCCAAGGUUCCCACUCACGCCGAUCCAGACGCGAUGGAGAUCGACAAACCACACGUUUGGUCAAACAAGACUAUGUAACAACACUACACCCAAUGACUAUCAAGGAACCACUAAUGGCCAAGCGACGCGAAUUCCUAACGAAGUCGGCAAAUCAUCGCCAGAUUGAAAUCAUUGUUACCCAGUGGGGCCCCUACGAGUAUGGUUUCAGGAGACCUCGUUGA